CGCACAGCGCCCUCUCGUCCCGAAGAGCCGCAGUCUCGAGAGCGGCAAGGCGGUUUCUCAGUUAUCUUUGGCCAGCGUCUCCCGCGAACCCGGCGUCGUUGGACUGCACCCUGAGCGGGGACGUCCGCCGGGCACGGGAGGGAGCCACGAUGCCGAUCAAUAAAUCAGAGAAGCCAGAAAGCUGUGAUAAUGUGAAGGUGGUUGUUAGGUGCCGACCCCUCAAUGAGAGAGAGAAGUCCAUGUGCUACAAACAGGCUGUCAGUGUGGAUGAGAUGAGGGGAACUAUCACUGUACAUAAGACUGAUUCUUCCAAUGAACCUCCAAAGACAUUUACUUUUGAUACAGUUUUUGGACCAGAGAGUAAACAACUUGAUGUUUAUAACUUAACUGCAAGACCUAUUAUUGAUUCUGUUCUUGAAGGCUACAAUGGGACUAUUUUUGCAUAUGGACAAACUGGAACAGGCAAAACUUUUACCAUGGAAGGCGUUCGAGCUGUUCCUGAACUUAGAGGAAUCAUUCCAAAUUCAUUUGCUCACAUAUUUGGUCAUAUUGCAAAAGCAGAGGGUGAUACAAGAUUUUUGGUUCGAGUGUCUUAUUUGGAAAUAUAUAAUGAAGAAGUUCGUGACCUUUUGGGCAAGGAUCAGACACAGAGGUUAGAGGUUAAAGAAAGACCUGAUGUGGGAGUUUAUAUCAAAGAUUUAUCAGCUUAUGUGGUAAAUAAUGCUGAUGAUAUGGAUAGAAUUAUGACACUAGGCCACAAAAAUCGUUCUGUUGGUGCAACUAAUAUGAAUGAGCAUAGUUCCCGUUCACAUGCCAUCUUCACAAUUACCAUAGAAUGCAGUGAAAAAGGCGUUGACGGUAACAUGCACGUCAGGAUGGGGAAGCUCCAUCUUGUAGAUCUUGCUGGUUCAGAAAGACAAGCAAAAACUGGAGCUACUGGGCAGCGCCUCAAAGAAGCUACAAAAAUCAACCUUUCACUUUCCACCCUUGGUAAUGUCAUUUCUGCCUUGGUGGAUGGAAAAAGCACUCAUGUGCCUUAUCGGAACUCUAAAUUGACUCGUCUUCUUCAGGAUUCCUUAGGAGGAAAUUCAAAGACCAUGAUGUGUGCAAACAUUGGGCCAGCAGAUUAUAAUUACGAUGAAACUAUCAGUACCCUACGGUAUGCUAACCGUGCUAAGAAUAUUAAAAAUAAAGCUAGAAUUAAUGAAGAUCCAAAGGAUGCUUUGCUUCGUCAAUUUCAGAAAGAAAUAGAAGAACUGAAAAAAAAGCUUGAAGAAGGGGAAGAAAUAUCAGGCUCUGAUAUCAGUGGGUCAGAAGAGGAUGACGAUGAAGAGGGUGAGGUUGGAGAAGAUGGAGAGAAAAGGAAAAAAAGAAGGGAUCAAGCAGGUAAAAAGAAAGUUUCCCCUGAUAAGAUGGUUGAAAUGCAAGCAAAAAUUGAUGAAGAGAGAAAAGCACUUGAAACAAAGCUUGACAUGGAAGAAGAAGAAAGAAACAAGGCUAGAGCUGAAUUAGAGAAACGGGAAAAAGAUCUUCUUAAGGCCCAACAAGAGCAUCAGUCUUUGCUAGAGAAAUUAUCUGCACUGGAGAAGAAGGUAAUUGUUGGUGGUGUUGAUUUGUUGGCAAAAGCUGAGGAACAAGAGAAACUUCUUGAAGAAUCUAAUAUGGAACUGGAAGAAAGGAGGAAAAGAGCAGAGCAACUUCGUAGAGAAUUGGAGGAAAAAGAGCAAGAACGCUUGGAUAUUGAAGAAAAAUAUACCAGUUUGCAAGAGGAAGCACAGGGAAAGACCAAGAAAUUAAAGAAAGUAUGGACUAUGCUGAUGGCUGCAAAGUCAGAGAUGGCCGAUCUCCAGCAAGAACAUCAGAGGGAAAUUGAAGGCCUACUGGAGAAUAUUCGACAACUUAGCCGGGAGCUUCGACUUCAGAUGCUUGUUAUUGAUAAUUUUAUACCUCAGGAUUAUCAGGAAAUGAUUGAAAACUAUGUCCAUUGGAAUGAAGACAUAGGAGAGUGGCAGCUAAAAUGUGUUGCCUACACAGGAAAUAACAUGAGGAAGCAGACUCCAAUUCCUGAUAAAAAAGAAAAAGAUCCCUUUGAAGUGGACCUUUCCCAUGUGUAUCUUGCCUAUACUGAGGAAAGCCUGCGGCAGUCCUUAAUGAAAUUGGAGAGGCCACGGACUUCAAAGGGGAGAGCAAGGCCAAAGACAGGGAGAAGAAAGCGUUCUGCAAAGCCUGAAACUAAUUGACUCUUUACUUCAGUAAAUGUUACAGACUUAAAGUCUCACUAAAAAUUAGCGAUAUCCUCAUGCCUGGACAAAAUACUUAAUUAAAACACUGAAGACUUUUGUGUAAUUUCAGAUAAUGGAAGCUGUAAGUCAUGGAGUAAGACUGGAAUUAGUAAUUUGUCUAAUAAUUUUUAGUCUCUAUAUAAGUUAAUAGAACAU